AUGGCGUCGGAUUCGAAGAAUUAUGUUAAUUUGGGUGGCUAUCAAGUUCCGAAAACUGUGUUCGAUGGGUUGAGCCCCAUGGAGAGGCACAAAUUGAUGAUGUCCCUGCACUCUCUGCAGAAAACCAAAAUGGAAAGUUAUCAUGGGAAGUAUCUGGACGACUACGACGUAUUGAAGAAGAAGUACCAAUUUGUCCACGACGCGGCCAAAGAAAAUAACUCCCUUCUGCAAAAGUAUUACAAGAGCAUAUGCAAUAAAUACGUUGUCUGCUAUUUGAGUGAAUACAAAGAGAAAAAGAUCGGUCUGAGGUGGAGGACGGAAGAUGAAAUUGUGAGCGGGAAGGGACAUAUGAUUUGUUCCGCCAACGAUUGUGAAAACACUGAUUUGAAGACGUACGAAUUUCUUUUUCGCUAUGACGAAGGGGGUAUUCAGAAGGAGACAAAGGUGAAGCUGCGGGCCUGCAUGGAAUGUGCAUACAAGAUUAAUUACGGCGAAAUUAAAAAGUAUCUGAAAAAAAAAUCAAAGCGGAAGUCAAGGGGGGGUAGCGAAAGCGAGAGAAGCAGCGACGCAAGUAAAAACAGCAGCAAACGUGCAUGUAGCAGCAGCGAAAGUGAACGUAGCCGAAGCGAAAGUGAUCGUAGCCGAAGCGAAGGUGGAAGUGGACGUCGCAAACGUGGAAAAGGAAAAAUACCCCGUCCGAUUUGUACUACAUUGAAGGAAAGACAAGCAUUCCCCCACCUUACUAUCUUUACUGUUUUGUAA